AUGUCCCCUGAACCUAUUGUUUCGCAGAGUCUUUCUGCUUCUCGUCGCAUAAGUGGGAAUGAAUUUGGUGUGGAGCCCUCUGAAAGAAGGAUUUCUCCCUCGGAUUUUGAUAGAUCGACGACGAUUUCAGUUUUGGAAAGGAGCAGGUUGGAGACGACGAAGGAGGGUAAGGAGAGGGAAGAAAUUCCAAAUAAAAUGAAAGAGACUCAAAAAUGCAUUGGGGGUUCUGGAAGAGCUGUUGACCGAGCUACCUUCAAGAGAGUUAGAAAGCUUCAACGCAAGAAGGAAAAAGUAAAGGAAAAGAGAAAUUGGGAGAAUUUCAUUGCUCACAUUGAGCCUUCGUCUGAGGUGGGUAGACUCGACGUUGCCAACGGCGAUCUGAAUCACGAAAACCAUAAAAAGAUGAGUGGGGGCGACAGAUUUGUUGAGGGUCUUGAAACUUGGAACUUCGGCAAAGAGAUGGGUUUUACCAGCACUCUCUCGGAUCGUGAAGUGGUGGCUCAGAUUGUGUCUCAAAACGAGGAACUCUUGGAUCCAGCCGAGAUGGGAGAAAUUCAAUCAGGGGUUUGGAAACCUGAGAAUCUGAGGUGUUGUUUUGUGAAUGUUUAUGCUCCUACUGAACCUUCGGCUAAGAUUAUUUUAUGGGAUAUGUUGAAGUUAGUUGUCGAACAGAAUAAGGAUCUUUGCUUGUGCUUGCUGGGAGAUUUUAAUGCCAUAAGGGAGCCUGGGGAUCGAGUGGGUAUUGGGGAACCCCACGGGGCAGCAGAGUCGAGGGCGUUCGAUCUGUUUAUUCGGGAGUGUCAACUGUUGGAAAUCAGAACCCAAAGGCAGGAAAUUCACUUGGUACUAGCCAAAUGGGAGAUGCAAAAGAUGAUUGAUUGGGGGCCUAAACCCUUCCGAUUCAUCAACGUGUGGACCUCGCAUCCUGAGUUCAUGAAUCUGGUUAAGAAGGUCUGGGAGGAGACAAAGAUUCCGGGAUGGAGUUGCUUCGUUUUUAAGGAGAAACUCAAGAGACUGAAAGUCGUGUUGAAAGAAUGGAAUCGGUCCACGUUUGGAGAUAUCGAUCUUCGGAUCCGCUCUUUGAAGGACGAUCUCCAUCAAUGGGACUCCAUUGACGAUACUUUUGGUUUAGAGGAGUCGGAGGUCAUCAAAAGGAACGAGACAAAAGCUAAUCUUAUUCUGCAAACAAGAAAAAAGAUCAGUGUGUUACAGCAGAAGGCCGGUGCGCGGUGGGUUAGAGAUGGAGAUUUGAAUACCAGCUUCUACCAUAGAGUCAUUGUUGGAAGGAGAAAGAAGAAUGAGAUUUCGGGAUUGCAGUUUGGAAAUCAAUGGAUCGCCGAGCCGAUGGAGAGGAUAGAGAAUGGCUUAUCAGACUGUUCAUGGAAGAUGAAAUUAAAGAGGCCAUUUGGAAUUGUGAGGGAAACAAGAGCCCGGGUCCGGAUGGAUUUAAUUUUAUUUUCUGGAGCUUCUUGGGAUACAAUCAAGGGAGAUCUGUUUCAGGUGCUGAAGGACUUUCAUUCGAAUGGGAAAAACUCCCGUGGAUGUAAUUCUUCGUUCAUCAUUCUUAUUCCUAAGAAAGACGAGGCUUGCGAGCUUGCUGACUUUAGACCUAUCUCCCUUAUUAGCAGCCUGUAUAAAGUUAUCGCUAAAAUCCUUACCGGCAGAUUGAAAAAGGUGGUGGACUCCAUUAUUUCAGAGAAUCAGAGUGCCUUUGUCAGUAGUAGGUAUAUCUUGGAUGGUGUGGUUAUCCUGAACGAGGCUAUAGCCGAAGCAAAGAAACAGAAGAUUGGUAGAAUUAUCUUCAAGAUAGAUUUUGCCAAAGCUUAUGACUCAGUGGAAUGGGAUUUCAUUGAUGUAAUGUUAGAUCGCCUCAAUUUUCAUCCCGUUUGGAGAAAAUUGAUUAGAGGCUGUCUGGAGUCGGCUACAGCUAAUGUUUUGGUUAACGGGUCUACUACAGGUGAAUUCAGUUUGGAAAGAGGUUUAAGACAGAGGGAUCCAAUAUCUCCUUUCCUUUUCCUAAUCGCUGCGGAAGGGCUUCACUCACUUAUCGAGCGAGCAACUGAAAAGAGUCUUUUUGUUCCGACUCAAAUUGGUAAAGAGAAACUCAAGAUCUCUCACCUUCAGUAUGCUGAUGACACUAUUUUUGUGUUGGACGCGGAUUACAGGAACGUGCCGACAGUCAAGAAUAUUAUUUCCUUUUUCCAGUUUCUUUCGGGGCUAGCGGUUAAUUAUUCCAAAAGCAGCCUUGUGGGCGUAGGUGUCGACGACAAUAAAAUUGAAGGUAUGGCGUCUGAUCUAAACUGCAAAGUGGGCGUCCUUCCUUUCAAGUACCUUGGUAUCAAAGUUGGAGGCCGCCCGAAGAGUGUGGUGGAUUGGAGUCACAUUGUUGAUAAAGUUAAGAAGAAAGUGGAGGGGUGGAAGAAUCGAAAAUUGUCUCUUGCAGGGAGAAUCACCCUGGUUAAAGCUGUUCUUCAGGCCAUCCCUAUCUACCAGCUUUCCUUCUCUUUUAUUCCAAAAGCCACGGCCUUAGUCUUGAAGUGGCUGUGGCGAUAUUUGGAGGGGGGAGGUUUGCUUUGGGCAAGAGUUGUGAGAUCCAUCUACGGGGAGUUAGCGUGGGGAGCAGAGGGAUCGUGUAAUGUGGGGAGAGGUAGGUCGGCAACUGGAUGGUGGCCGAAUUUAGUUUUGAAGGGUGGAAGCGGGGUUUCGGGAUGGUUUCGGGACAAUGUUGUGAGGAAAGUUGGAGACGGGCAAACUACAAAGUUUUGGGAUCACUGUUGGGCGGGGAGAAGUCCACUUAGGUUCGUCUUCCCAAGACUGUACCAGUUAUGUGCGAAUAAGGAGGCUUUGGUGAGUGAGAUGGGAAAGUGGAUUUCUGGAGAGUGGAAAUGUGAGAUGAGAUGGAGAAGGGAACUUCGUGAUUGUGAAGUUGAGGGGACGAAUGCUUUGGUCACUUUUAUCUCCGAUUUCACCCUUUGUGCAGGUACUGAAGAUUGCUGGAUGUGGACUGCAGCCAAAGACGGGAAGUACACUACAAAAUCUGCAUACUUGGCGAUCAAGGCUGCAAGGUCUUCUACUCAGUCAGCGGCCAGUAAUAACGAGGCGUUGUCGAUGAUUUGGGACACACCCGCGAUUCACAAAGCAAAAGUUGUGGCCUGGAGGAUUUUGAGAAGUAGGUUGCCAUCUUGCGACAAUCUCAAGAAGAGGAAUGUGCCGAUGACCGUGGAGGAAUUGGGGUGCAGCGCCUGUUUUCAGUGCUUGGAGACGAUCGAGCACGUGUUCCUGAAUUACCCAAAAACUGGGGGAAGAGAUGUGUAA